AUGGCGCCCAUUCGCCGCUACCUCCGCAUCAGCAAAUACACGAUCCUCGAAUGUCGAAUCUACCUCGAGAACCCGUCCGACAUCCGAUGGCUCCUGAACAGUCGCGACCCCGUCCUCCCUCGGAUUUUUGCCGCGAUCCGACCCCUGGUGUUGCCCAAGCUCCGUGAAGAGAACGAGCGUCUAUUUGCUCGGAAGAAAGGCAAACCCGUCAAGGAUGUCAUAGCGGAAGAGGAAUUCGAAGUUGCCUUGUUUCUUCGGGAAUCGCACACCCGCCAUUCGCUCCUCACGCGCCACAAGGAUUUCGAAGAUGGUGCAGGAAAUACCUCACAUGCGCGCAAUCAGGCAGCUGCGGAGAUCCUGAUCGAGAGUGACGACGAAUCGGACUUGGCGAUGCAGAACAUCCCACAGGCAACUACAUCCUCCACCACCACCACCACUACUACUGGAGACGGGGACAACAACGCAGGGGGGAAGCGCCAGCGAGAUGCGGCCGGACAAAAUGACUCACCGGAUAGUCGGCGCACUUCGAAGCGGAGGAAGGAUGGGGAUUCGCUGUUGCAGCAGGAAGAAGCGGAUACCGAGGACAAGAAGAUGAGCUUCAGGACGAAUUAUGAGGGGUUCAACAUCUACGGUUGGGUACUGUGCCUGCUUGUCACGCGGAAAGGUCAUAGUAAAGCCGGGACAACAACGGCUGGGCCGGCAGAGCCGGGUCGUCAGGUCUUGAUGGAGGAGUGGAUAUCCACUCAGGCGCAGGGCGACUUGGCUGAGGAAUGA